AUGCAUAAUUCUCCCAAAACUGAAAUAAGAAAGAAGAAUUUUAAUUUUUUUGGAUCAUUUUAUUCAAAAUAUGCUAAAAGAAAUAAAAAUGACAAAUCGUCUGAUAAGUUACUGACUAAUGAAAAAGAUUCCACAUUAAAUGAACCCAUUUCAAGUAGCCUAAUGUCAAAUGAUAUCAAAUCAAGUGGUAUCAAAUCAAGCGGUAUUUUAACUAAUGAUAUUUUAACUAAUGAUAUUUUAACUAAUGAUGUGUUAACUAAUGAUAUUUUAACUAAUGACAUAUUAACGAAUGAUAUUAUAUCAGAUAAACUCUUAUCUAAUAAAUACUCAUCUAAUAAACACAUAACUAACGAAUAUAUAUUAAAUACACCCUUAUUUGUUGAACCCAUUUUUAAUGAUAACCAUAAUGUAAGUAAUGAUUUACUUCAAUAUAAUAAAGGAAAACUAGAAUUAAGAGAUUUUAUAAAUAAAAAGAAAAAAGCAUUUGAUGAAUCACGUAAUAUUCAAGAAAUGAAUAAUAAUACAAAUGCAUUUGUAAUUUCAAAUAAGUCUUCAAACGAUGAAGAAAAAAAAGAAUUGGAAAAUCAAGAAAAAAGAAAUGAAGAUUGUUAUAAUAAUAAUAAUAAUAAUAUAAAAUAUAAUUUAAGAAAUGAAAAUUUUAAUAAAUCCAUUUUCAUGUAUGACGAAUAUACAAACAUUAGUUGUACAGAUGAUAUAAUUACUCAUAUACCGUCCAAUUAUAAAAAAUGUGAUGAAGAACAGGAAAAUUUAUACUUAUGUAAUAAAAGUUAUGAAAAUAGUUAUGAUAAUUUUAAUGAUUAUGAUCUUUUUGGUAUCAACUCACCCAUAGAAAAGGAAAAGGAAAAAAAAAUAAUGUUAUGUAUAGAGAAAGAUCAAAGGAGUAAUGAAAAUAUUCAAAAUGAAGAAAAUCAUCAUUCACUGCAAAAAUUAGAAAAGGAGAAAAUGGAUAAGGACAUGUUAAAAUCCGGAGUAUCUGGUAAGGAUGAAAUAAAAAUGGACAUAUCAGAAAGAGAUAUAUUAAAAGAGGACAGGUUAGAAAGGAAACCAUUAAAUGAAAACAUAUUAGACAGAAAAUCAUUAAAAGGAGAUAUAUUAGAAAAUGAUGAAUUAUCAAAGAAUAUAUUAGAAAAGGAAUUAAUAUCAAAUGAUACAUUAGAAAAAACUAACAAUGAAAAUAUAUCCAAUUCUGAAAAGAAUAAAACGUAUGAUGAUAAAACAUAUUCUUAUGAAAAAUUUUUAUUAAAAAAUUUUUUUUCAAAAAUAUCGAAAUUUAUAUCAAGUAAUAAUGUAGAAGAUGAUAAAUAUACAAAUCAAGGAAAAACAAAAGCAGAUAUAUCAUAUCCUACAGAUAAAGAAAUACAUAAGAUAAACUCAUGUUAUUCUACAAAUGAACCUAAUGAAUAUAGUGACAGAAAUGAAAUGAAUUAUCAUAAAAUGAAAUUAAAAAAUUCAAUAGAUUCUUAUAAUCAUAUGGUUAGUACUACAAUAGAUGAAGAAGAAAAUAUGAAAAAUUCAGAUAAAUGUAGUAUAUAUCAUGAAAAUAAAUGGAAAAUGGAAAAUAAAUAUUGUAAUAAUAAUGAAUCACAUGUAAAUUAUCAUAAAAAAUUUACAAAUAUAUAUAAAAUGAAUAAUAAUAAAGAUAUUGAGGAAGAAAAAUUUAUGAGUGAUUAUAAUUGUACCAGUAGUAAUAAUUAUAUAUAUAAUAAUAUAAAUUAUCAAAGUGAAUAUUUUUAUAGUGUUGAUAAUGGUAUGAAUAAUGUAAAUGAAAAUAUACAUAAUAUGUUUUAUGAAAGAGAGGAAAAAUAUUUGAAUAACUAUAAUAAUACUUGUAGUUAUGAGCAAAAUAAAUAUAUGAUAGAUGCUAAUUAUCAUUAUAAUCAUGAGAAUAAAAAUAAUUAUUCUACAUAUAAAAAUGAUUUAAAUGAACGUAAUAAAAGAUUUUCUUCAAAGAACAUGUUAAAUAAUUCUCAUAUAUCGGAAUAUCCAUAUACUGAUGAACAAAUAUCCAAAUUUUUGUUUAUGCAUAUGAAUAAUAAUAUUCUGAAGGAUGAGACAAAAUUGAGUAUAUUUGAUGACGAAAAAAGUGAUGAUGAUGAUCAUGAUGAUGAUCAUAAUAAUAAUAAUAAUAAUAAUAAUAAUCGUGAUAAUAAUUAUUUAAAUAAUCAUGUAUCGUUAAAUAGUAAUAAUUUUGUAUCCCAUGGCUUAAAAAAUGAAGGGUUUAAAAAUAAUUUAAAUAAUAUAGAAUGCCAAAAAAUAAAUGAUAAAUCAGAUAAAUUAUUUUAUGAUAAUCGCCAAAUGAUUUGUGCAUGUAAUAAGAAAAAAGAUAUUUUUAAUAAUGAUGUAAAGAAAUUAUUAGAUUUAAAAAAUGAUAAUUUAAAUUAUUCUAGUUAUAAUUUGAAUAGCAUUCAUAGAAAAUAUAGUGACGAUAUAAAUAGUUUGCAUAUUAAAAAAAGCAUUUGUAAACAUUCGUGUGAUAAUUUGAAAAAAGGACAUAUGAAAUAUAAUGGUUAUAAUCAUGAUAUGUUAUAUAAUGAACAUGAAAAAAGGUCCAUGUUAGAAUAUUAUUCUAGAGUAGCAAAACGAAAAUUUAAUAGAUUAGUUCAAAAGGGCAAUGAGCGUUCUUAUAAUAUAAAUAAAUCAAUACAUAAAAAUGGAAGGAUUAACAAUAUAUAUAAUAAUAAUAAUAAUAAUAAUAAUAAUUGUGAUAAUAAUAAUAGGGAUUAUCAUUGUGAUACACAACAUUAUAAAGAUUGUAGUAAUGAAUAUAAUAAAUAUAAUGGAAAUGGUAAUAUUUGUAAGGAUCAUAAUAUGUCACACACAUUAUCAAAAUAUGACAAUUUUGUUCUUUCUGAUAAUAAUAAUAAUGAUAAUAGUAAUAACUAUUCUUUGAAGGAAGAAAAUUUUAAUUUUAAUUUAAUAGUAAAUGACGAAAAAAAAAGACCUUCUAAACUUUCGAAUAAUAAAAAUAAUGAAAAUAAUGAAAAUUAUAAAAAUUAUGAAAAUUAUAAAAAUUAUGAAAAUUAUGAUAAUUAUGAAAAUUAUGAUAAUUAUGAAAAUUAUGAUAAUUAUGAUAAUUAUGAAAAUUAUGAAAAUCAUAAAAAUUGUGAAAAUGUGAUGUACAAUGAUUUAUUCCAAGGGGAAAUUAAUCAAAAUGGAAAAUAUGUACAUAAUAAAGAAUGUUUUAAAAAUGACGAAUAUAUAUUUAAAAAUAGUAAAAAUCUUUUGAAAAAUAAUGAACUUCUUUUUAAAAAUAAUGAAAGUUUGUUUAAAAAUAAUGAAAAUAUUUUUAAAAAUAAUGAAAAUCUUAUUAAAAAUAAUGAAAAUAUUUUCAAAAAUAAUGAAAAUAUAUUUAAAAAUAAUGAAUAUAUCUUUAAAAAUAGAAAUUUGGAAUUUUUGAAAAAUGACAAAAAAAAAAAAUUCCAAAAUAUAUUUUAUGAAAAUUGUCCAGAGGAAAAUUAUCUCAAUAUGAAAUUAAUAGAUAAUCAAAAAAAAAAAAAUAAUAAUGAUAAUAAUGAUAAUAAUGAUAAUAAUAAUGAUAAUAAUAAUAAUAAUAAUGAUAAUAAUGAUAAUAAUAAUAAUAAUAAUAAUAAUGAUAAUAAUAAUAAUAAUAAUGAUAAUAAUGAUAAUAAUAAUAAUGAUAAUAAUAAUAAUGAUAAUAAUAAUUUUAAUAAUAUUGAAAAUUUUUUUAACCAUUUUAAAGAUGAUAAUAUGGUCAAUAUUUUUAGUGACCAAAAUAAUAGUAAUUAUCAUGCAACUAAAAUUUCUUAUGAUAUGAACAAAUUAUAUAAAGGCACCCGCUUAUCAUAUAAAGAGAAACACCAGACCACAAAUGAACAAAAGGUGAAUAUGAUAUGUUACGAAAAAAAUAAUAAUACUGAAAAUAACAAUAAAAAUAAUAAUACUGAAAAUAACAAUAAAAAUAAUUGUAAUAAUAAUAAUAUAAAUAAUUAUGUUAAUCAUAAUAUAAAUAAUUGUGAUAAUAAAAAUAUAAACAAUUUUGAUAAUAUUGAUAAUUUUGAUAAUAUUGAUAAUAUUGAUAAUAUUGAUAAUAUUGAUAAUUUUGAUAUUAUUGAUAAUAUUGAUAAAAUUGAUAAUUUUGAUAAUAUUGAUAAAAUUGAUAAUUUUGAUAAAAUUGAAAAUAUUGAUAAUAUUGAUAAAAUUGAUAAUAUUGAUAAUAUUGAUAAUAAUAAAAAUAAUAAAAAUAAUUUGAAUAAAAACAGUUUAAUUGAAGAAUAUUGUAAUUAUAAAAUUCAUAUACAUAAAGAUGAAAGGAAUGUUGGAGAAUAUUUAUCAUUAAAUAGACAAAAAUUCAGUGUAAGUAAAAAAAUUGAAAUAAUAAAAAAAAAUAAUGAAAUAAAUUAUAAAAGGAAAAUAAUUGAUGAUAAUUCAAGAAAUAUUAUAUCAAAUAAUUAUUAUUUUCCUGAAUUUAAUAAAAGUUCACCUUUUUAUAAAAAUAAUAAUUUAUAUAUAUCAAAGAAAAAUAACUUGCAUGGGAUGAACAAAUUUAAUAAUGUUAGAAAUUUUAAGAAUAAUGAAAUAAAUCAUUCAUUUUUUCAAAAAAAUAAUCAAUUACAAAUUGGACGAAGUAUUCAAAUUGAUAAAAAUAAGGAAACAAAUUUUGACCAUAUAACAGAUUUUGAUAAAUUGAAGAAAAAUAAAUUUAUUAUAUAUAAUAAUAAUAAUAAUAAUAAUAUUAAUAUUAAUAGUAAUAGUAAUAAUGUAUCGAAUGAUUUACAUCAUAAAAAUAGUGUUAUAUCAUAUAAUAAUAUGGAUUUUGAUCAAAAUAAUACAAUAAUGAAGAAAAACAAAAAUUCUGUACUUUUUAAUUGUUACGAUAAUGAAGAAGAAGAAGAAGAAAAACACAAAUAUAUAAAAAAAAAUGUCAUUAAAAAUGAAUUAGAUAAAAAUAAUGAGAUUAAUAAGGAAAAAAUAAUUGAUUAUAUUAUUGAUGUGGAUAAAAUAUAUGAUAAUAAAUAUGUUAUAUAUGAUAAUAAUAUAUUACAAUUACAAAAAAAAAAAAAAAAAAAAGUGGAAAAUUAUGAUUUUGUACUUGAUAUUGAUAAAGAAUGUACACCCAGAAACAAAUUGUUAUUAGAAAAAUUGAAUAAAAAUAUUGCAUAUAUAAAUGCUUUGGAAUUAUCGUCAAAUAAAUAUCAUAAUCGUUCAUAUGAUUAUUAUGUACAGAAAAAUUUUCUUCAUCAUUUACAAGAAAAAGAGAACAUUACAAGGUACAAUAAAAAUGAUUAUAUUUAUAAAUACGAUAUUCAAGAAAAACGAAAGAAAAAAAAAACUAGAGGUAAAAGUAAUAUAUAUAUUCAUGAUCAAGAACAAUUUAUCUUUAAUACAAAUGAUUUUAUUAAAAAUAGGACAAAUUCAAUACAUUCUCAUUAUUUACAUGAUGAAAAUAAAUUAAUAUAUGAUCAUCAAUUUAAUGAUAAUAACACUCCAUAUAUGUUAUAUAAUAAUUUGAGUAGAAGAAAUAGGAAUAGUACGAAUUAUCAUCAAGACCAAGAAAAUAAUGAUGAUGAAGAAUAUCUAGACAUAGAAGAAGAUGACGAAGAGGAACACCACCACCAAUAUGUCAAUGAAAAUUAUUACAGACACAAAGAAAACAAUAAAAAUUACAACAAUAAUAAUAAUAAUAAUAACAAUAACAAUAGUAAUAAUUAUAAUAAUUACUAUUUUUGUCAUAAUAACAAAACUGAAAUGGAAAAAAUUACAGAAAUUCAAAAUAUGCUUUCCAAAAAAAUAAGGUUAGGAAAUGUAAAUGAUGAAAACUAUAAUACUAAUCAACCAGUAUUUAAUAAAAAAUUUUCUUUCGAAGAUUUUGAUUUAGAUAAUUUUAUUACCAACAGUAUUGAUUUAGAUAACAAAGAUGAAAAUAUUAUAAAAAAUAUCUUAGAAUUAGAAAGAAGAAAAUAUGCAAUCAAUUGUAUAAUGGAAAAGCUAAGAAAAGAUCAAAAUGAAAGCGAAUAUCUAUCGGAUGAUAGCGAUCAACAUCAUGUAUUAAAUCUAAAAAUGAUGAAUACACAUAUAUAUGAUUUAUAUUCUGAUAAAUCUACAUAUAAUGUAUAUAAUACAAAAAUGUGUAUCAAUUAUUUAUUAGAAGAAAAAAUGCACUCUGAGGAAAAUAAAGAAUUCAUAAAAAAUUUCUUCGUUGAAAAUAAUGCUGACCAUAUAAAUUUUAUGGAAAUAUUUAAAAAAAAAAAAAAAAAAAAAAAACAUAAUAAUAAUAAUAGUGGAAAUAAGGAAAAUAGGGAAAAUACAACAAAUAAAGCAAAUAUAGAAAUUAUAGAAAAUAAUAAUAAUGAGGUAAAUAAAAUGAAAGAUUGUGAUCUCCUUCCUGAUGAGAUAAAUAACAAUUCAAAGAAUUGCAAUGAUAUACCAAAAAAUAUUCAACAGGAAAAAGUACAAUAUUGUUAUUAUUUAUCCAGCGAUCAAUAUUGUACUUAUGUAGAAAUGGAGGUAGGAAAGGGAAAUAAUAAAGUUCAAACGGAUGUAUUAAAAAUAAAAAAUGACAACAAUAAUGAUGAUAAUAAUAAUGAUGAUGAUAAUGAUAAUGAUAAUGAUGAUGAUAAUAAUAAUAAUAAUAAUAAUAAUAAUAAUAAUAAUAAUAUGUGCAAGGAAAAAAUUAGCGAAUCGCAUAACGAUCCUAACACUAAUAAUCAAUCAAUUAAUGAUAGAAACAAAAAAAAAAAUUAUUUUAAUAGCCAGUUGGAUUAUUUAAAACGUAAAUUUAGUAAUUAUAGAAAAAACAAGGAGGAAGAAGAAAAUAACAACUUCACGUCAGAAAAACAAUUGUCAGAAAAACAAUUGUCCGAAAAACGUAACGCAACAUUAAUGGAUGGAGAUAAUUCUGGUAAUUUGUCUGAAUAUGAAAAGAAGAAUGAUGGAAAAAUAAAUUAUAAUAUGGAAAAAAAAAAUAUAAAUAUUCCAAGAGGAAAGACAGAAAAAUAUGAUGAAAACGAAAGUAAUAGAAAAUGGAAUUUGGUAUAUCCAGAUAUUUCAAAUAAUAAUGAAGAUGAAACUCGAGAUUUUUAUGAAAACGAAAACGAUAAUUACGAAGAUGAACAACAAAAAUUAAUUGAACAAAUUAUAGGAAUUAAUAAGAAAAAACACAAACUUAAUGAACUGAAAGUAAAACAUAAGGAUGGUAAUAUAAGAGAAGAAAAAGAACUACAAAAUUAUGGCGAAAAUAAUGAAAAAGAUGAUUUGCCUGAUAACAAAAAAGAAGAAAAAUAUGAACAUGACACACAAGGUCAGAAGAAUCAAGUUCUUUUUGAUAAAAUAAAAAAUAGUGAACAAAAGGGUAUGUAUCUUGUAGAAAUGGAGGAUGAACAUGAAGAACAAGAUGAUAAAUAUGACGAAGAUUAUGAUGAAGAUGAUGAUGAAUAUGAUGAAGAUGAUGAUGAAGAUGAUGAUGAAAAUGAUGAUGAAGAUGAUGAUGGUAAAUAUGACGAAGAUGAUGAUGAUGAAUAUGACGAAAAUGAUGAGUAUGAUGAGAAAUGUGAUAAAGAAAUUGAUGAAUGUGAUAAAGAAGAAUAUUAUAUUGAGGAUGAUUAUGUUUGUGAUAUAGACAAUUAUGUAGGAAAUCAUAAUGGAAAUAAAAAUAACAAAGAUAUUGAUAAUAAGAACGAGAAUUAUCAAAAUAAUAAUGCGGAACAAGGUCAAAAAGAAGUAAUAGAUGAAAAUGUAACGGAUGAACAACAAGAUGAUGAAGAUAUGUAUAAAGAAUGUGAAGAACUCAAAGAUGAAGUAGAAGAUAAAAAGAAAGGAAUAUAUACUGAUGAAAAUAAACAGGAAAUAAAUAUGGAAAAACAGAAAUGUAAUGAAUCAAAAGAAAAUAAAAAAAUAACUAAUGUGUAUAUAAACCAAUGUGAUGAUGAAAAUGAUAAAUAUAAUAGAAAUUCUAUUAAUGAUAAUGACGAAUUAAAAUAUAAUAACUCCUAUGAAGAUGAAAAUUAUUCACGUACACAAAUAGAUGAAGAUAACACACAAGAUGAUGAAGAAUUAUAUAAAGAUUUAUUAGAUAUGUAUGAAGAAGAACAAUCAUGUAAAAAAAAUAAGGAAAGGUCAAAUAUAAAAAUGGAAGAAGAUGAUGAAGAAUUAGAAGAGUUAGUAGAAAAAAGAUGUUGCAUGAUAUAUAAAGAAAAACCUAAUAAAAACACACAUUAUGAAAAUAAGGGAAUGAAAAUAAAAUAUGAAUCAAGUGAAAAUAAAACAUCUAAUAUGAAAUUCCCAAGAAAUUGUGAUGACAAAAAAGAUAAUAAUUAUUUUAAUAAUAUACGUUUAAAAAAAGAAGAUAUAACUACUACAACAUAUAACCAUAUCGGAUACUUGGGAAGUAAGCAUUUAAAAAGAGAACAAUAUGAAGAUAGUUAUAUUAUACAAAAAGAUGAUAAUAAUGAUAAUAAUAAUAAUAAUAAUACCUAUGGAGAUAUAAAAGGUAAAAAUACAUUUAUAAAAGAGACAGUUAAUGAAAAUCCACAAUUACUACACGAUUGUUGUGAUUUAGAAGAUAACAUAAAAUAUAAAAUGCUCAAUCAAAAGAGUAAAGAUCGAAUUGUAAAAAUAAAAAGAAAAAUAAAGAAAUGUAUAAAACUCACCAAAGGAGAAUUAAAACUCUUGUCCAAAGUAUUACAUCAUAAAUUCUUACUUAAUGAAAUUAGUGCUAUAGGUAAUUAUGAACAAAAAACUCAAAACAAUUUGGAAAUAUUAGAAUUAGAAGAAUUUAAAUUAAGAAAGGAUUUCCUAAAUAUGUAUUGUGAUUGUCUAUCUAUUGAAAUAACAAAUCAUGAAAAGGAAUUCUUAAAAGAGUUUCAAUUAUUUAUGCCAGACGUAAAUAUUAUGGCAGACAAAAAUAUUUUAUAUGUACUUAGGCAUUCAAAGAAUGAAAAAAAUUGUGUGUUUAAAUAUUUCUUGGAUGUAAAAGAGACAAGUCAUAAAAAUGGUAAUAUCGAUCAUCUAUGA